CCAAAGUGCCACGUUGGGUCGGGCUGCGGCUUUCAGAGCCGGCUCGGGGUGCCGACCGGGGCGCUCGAGCCGGGCCGCCGGCCGUUGGGGCCGUUGCCAGUCGGGAAGCCGGUCCGUGGCGUGCGCUUGCGGGGCCGCCCGGCGGCGGCGAGUGGCUCCGAUCUGGCUGCGCGGUGGCGGCGCGUCCCGCCCGAGGGCGGCUCUGGCUGAGGGCGGAGGGGCCCGCGCAGAGCCGGGGGCAGCGGCCGAGGCUGGACCGCGGCGUCGGGGGCCGCUGCCCCCGGAAGAGCCGAGCGAGAUGCUGUCGGAGAACCUGAUGGAGGAGUUCGAGGUGAAGGAGGACGAGCGGUGGUACGACCACCAGGACCUCCAGCAAGAUCUUCAGCUUGCCGCGGAGCUUGGAAAGACGUUGCUGGACCGGAACACAGAGCUGGAAGAGUCGCUCCAGCAGAUGUACGCCACCAAUCAGGAGCAGCUGCGGGAAAUUGAGUACCUGACCAAGCAGGUCGAGCUCCUGAGGCAGAUGAACGAACAGCAUGCAAAGGUUUAUGAGCAGUUAGACGUCACGGCACGGGAGCUGGAGGACACCAAUCACAGGCUGGUCGCCGAGAGCAAGGCUUCACAGCAGAAGAUCCUGAGUCUCACAGAAACCAUCGAAUGUCUCCAAACCAACAUUGAGCAUCUCCAGAGCCAAGUGGAGGAGCUGAAGGCGUCGGGCCAGCGGACCCAGGGCCAGAGGAGCGAGCAGGAGAAGUGGGAGCCCAACUUCUCCUCCCUGAAGGAGCUAUACGACCUCCGCCAGCACUUCGUGUACGACCACGUGUUCGCCGAGAAGAUCACGUCCCUGCAGAGCCAGCGCAGCCCCGAGGAGGAGGAGAACGAGCACCUGAAGAAGGCGGUGGCCGCGCUGCAGGCGCAGCUGGGCGGCGAGCGGCGCAAGCGGCAGGCGGUGGAGGAGGAGUACGGGCUGGUGCUCAAGGAGAACGGGGACCUGGAGCGGCAGCUGGGCGCGGCGGCCGCCUGCGGCGCGCGGGCCCGCGAGCUGGAGGCCGAGGUGGCCGAGCUGCGGCAGCGCCUGCGGGCCGAGCACCCGCCUGCGCGCGGGCUGGAGAAGCUGGUGCCCGACGCGCUGUUCCUGCCGUGCCGGGAGCCCGGGCCGAGCCUGCUGGAGGAGCUGUGCCUGGCCGACGCGCCCCGCAAGCCGCUGACCCGCAGCAGCAGCGACACGCGGCUCAGCAGCCUGGUGGGCGGCGGCGGCGGCGGCGACGUGCUGGCGGCCCACGAGGACACGUGCAUCCGCCACGCGCAGGCCGUCCAGCAGCGGGGCAUCUCGCUGCUGCACGAGGUGGACACGCAGUACAGCGCCCUGAAGGUCAAGUACGAGGAGCUGCUGCGCCGGUGCCAGCAGGACGGCGCCGACGGGCUGGCCCACAAGGCCGUGCAGACUCCCGGGGCCCUGGCCAGGGAGCCCCCACCCGCCGCCCCGUGCUCCCCGCCCCGGCCCGAGGCGGCCACCCCCGAGCCGCUGGGCUCCCCGGCCACCGCCGCCGCCACGCCGCCCCCCGAGUACAAAGCGCUCUUCAAGGAGAUCUUCAGCUGCAUCAGCAAGACCAAGCAGGAGAUCGACGAGCAGAGAACCAAGUACCCGGCGCUCUCCUCCCACUCCUAACCGCCCCUCUGCCCGGCCUCCCCUGACCCAGGCCUGGGGGAGCUCCUAGCCUUGCCCCCCACCUUGCCUGGCGCCUGGAGCAGGUGUGCCCAGCCAGGAAAGGAGCCGGCCGCCGUUUAGGGGCCCGAGAACUUACUUGCGUGUCCGCGCCUCAGGAAUUGCCCUGACAAACUGGCCUCCGUGGCCGGUGCCCGGGUCCAGAUCGGGAUGCCCAGACCCACUGGGGGGGACAGGUGGGUGGGUCUCUGCUCCCCAGAAGCCAGCUUGAGCUCUCCGUGGGCCGACGGCGCGGCCCCUGCCACCUUCUCCUUCCCUUCUCCCUCGGCACUGGGUAGAAGGCGGGCAGACGGGAUGCCACGCGCUGUUGGAUACUGUGAAGGCGUUAGCAGGAAUGUUCAGGGGGCUGCCGGCGUCUGAUCCGAAAUGAAAUGGCAUUAGCAAGCACUCCCGGCCGCUAGGUCUUACAGCUGCUACCAAUUGAACCCUGGUCUCUCCCAGUCCAGAAGGACUGCCUGGUGGAAAGGGCAGGUCUCUUUAUUAGUCUGCUGCGCCCGCCCUGGGUGCCUCCACCCGUUCUGCGCUUUUGGAGGCUGUUCCGUUCCUUUCUCAGCCGCAGAGGAAGGAGCAGGAGGAAGCCCCCCGCCCACCAGGUGGCGCUGGCUGAACCCCGCCUUCCCCCCAGCCCCCACCCCCCCACCCCCACCCCCACACACCUGCUCCUUUACUAACCAGUAUUGAUGUUCUGACUGUGGAAAUAAACUCACCUGCGUCCUUUUAAUUUAAGACUAUUUAAGAGAACUGAGGUUUCAGUUGUUGUAUAUAUUUUUUUUCUAAAGCCCCAAUAAAACUCCUU